AUGGCCAUUGUGGCAGUGAUGGUCCCUGGAAACUCCCCUUACAAAAUUGAGGGUCUUCACAAGACUUACAGAAUCAAGCGAUUCCUGGCCAAGAAACAAAAGGAAAGCUGUCCUGUUCCUCAGUGGAUUCAAAUGAAAACUGGUAACAAAAUCAGGUACAACUCUAAGAGAAGACACUGGAGGAGAACAAAGCGGGGUCUGUAA